GAUGAGUGCGACCCUGACCCGUGCCACUACGGCACCUGUAAGGACAGCAUCGCCGCUUUCACCUGCCUCUGCCAGCCGGGCUACACGGGCCACCGCUGCGACAUCAACAUCAACGAAUGCCAGAGCCAGCCCUGCAAAAACGGGGGCACCUGCCAGGACAGGAACAACGCCUACAACUGCCUCUGCCUCAAAGGGACCACAGUGCUCCUGCUCGUUCGAGAGGGUGACCCCUGCUCAGGCCGAAAUCAAAAGAGUGUCUGGUGCCGCGAAUUUGACUCCCGCUGCGCCCACUCCCAUGGGUAUCAGGUUGCCGCCUUGUCCGACUGCUACAGGUGUGAUUGCGACCCAGGCUGGAGCGGGACAAACUGCGACAUUAACAAUAACGAGUGCGAAUCCAAUCCCUGCAUGAAUGGUGGCACCUGCAAGGACAUGACCAGUGGUUACAUCUGCACCUGCAGGGAGGGCUUCAGUGGACCCAACUGCCAAACCAAUAUCAACGAAUGCGCUUCCAACCCCUGCCUGAACCAGGGCACGUGCAUCGAUGAUGUUGCUGGCUACACCUGCAACUGCCUCCUGCCCUACACAGGAGCCACCUGUGAGGAUGUGCUGGCCCCCUGCGCUGGAAGCCCCUGCAAGAAUGGUGGCGAGUGCCGGGAGUCAGAAGACUACAAGAGCUUCUCCUGCAGUUGCCCCUCCGGCUGGCAAGGUCAGACCUGUGAGAUCGACAUCAACGAGUGCGUGAAGAGCCCCUGCCGCAAUGGGGCCACAUGCCAGAACACCAACGGGAGCUACCGCUGCGCCUGCAGAACCGGCUUCACUGGCCGCAACUGUGACACCGACAUCGACGACUGCAAGCCCAAUCCGUGCCACAAUGGCGGCUCCUGCUCCGAUGGCGUUGGCACGUUCUUCUGCGAGUGCCUGGCUGGUUUCCGUGGGCCCAAGUGUGAGGAGGACAUCAACGAGUGUGCCAGCAACCCCUGCAAGAACGGCGCCAACUGCACCGACUGCGUCAACAGCUACACCUGCACCUGCCCCUCCGGCUUCAGCGGCAUCCACUGCGAGAACAACACGCCUGACUGCACGGAGAGCUCCUGCUUCAACGAUGGCACCUGCGUGGAUGGCAUCAACACCUUCACCUGCGUCUGUCCACCCGGCUUCACGGGCAGCUACUGCGAGCAUGACAUUAACGAGUGCGACUCCAAGCCGUGCCUGAACGGGGGCACGUGUCAGGACAGCUAUGGGAUGUACAAGUGCACUUGUCCCCAGGGAUACACCGGGCUCAACUGCCAGAACCUGGUGCGUUGGUGCGACUCCUCUCCCUGCAAAAACGGAGGCAAAUGCUGGCAGACCAACAACCUGUACCGCUGCGAGUGCAACAGCGGGUGGACGGGGCUCUACUGCGAUGUCCCCAGCGUGUCCUGCGAGGUGGCUGCUAAGCAGCAAGGUAUCGAUGUAGCACAUCUCUGCAGGAAUUCGGGGCUCUGCGUGGACACCGGCAACACUCACUUCUGCCAAAAAAAUGGCAGCGACUGCGAGGAGCAGGUGGACGAGUGCUCCCCCAACCCGUGUCAGAACGGAGCCACCUGCACAGACUACCUGGGAGGCUACUCCUGCGAGUGUGUGGCUGGUUAUCAUGGAGUUAACUGCUCAGAGGAGAUCAAUGAGUGUUUGUCCCACCCGUGCCAGAAUGGAGGAACCUGCAUCGAUCUCAUCAAUACCUACAAAUGCUCCUGCCCCAGAGGAACUCAAGGGGUGCACUGUGAGAUCAAUGUGGAUGACUGCAGCCCUUUCUUUGAUCCUGUUACCCUGGGGCCCAAGUGCUUUAACAAUGGCAAGUGCACGGAUCGGGUAGGUGGCUACAGCUGCAUCUGCCCCCCUGGCUUUGUAGGGGAGCGCUGCGAGGGAGACGUCAACGAGUGCCUGUCCAACCCCUGCGACGCCCGCGGCACCCAGAACUGCGUGCAGCGGGUCAACGACUACAGAUGCGAGUGCCGACCUGGCUAUGCAGGCCGUCGCUGCGACACUGUGGUGGACGGCUGUAAAGGCAAACCCUGCAGGAACGGUGGAACGUGCGCGGUUGCCAGCAACACCGGCCGUGGCUUCAUCUGCAAAUGCCCCCCGGGAUUCGUGGGUGCCACCUGCGAGAACGACUCCCGCACCUGUGGGAACCUGCACUGCCUGAACGGUGGCACCUGCAUCUCCAUCCACAAGAGCUCCAAGUGCAUGUGCGCACCGGCCUUCACGGGUCCCGAGUGCCAGUACCCGGCCAGCAGCCCCUGCACAUCCAGCCCCUGCUACAACGGGGGCACCUGCGAGUUCUUCAGCGACGCCUCCCCCUACUACCGGUGCAACUGCCCAGCCAACUUCAACGGCCUCAACUGCCACAUCCUCGACUUCGAUUUCCAAGGUGGGAUCGGGCAGGAUAUCAUCCCACCCAAAAUUGAGGAGAAGUGUGAGAUUGCAGUUUGCGCGGGCUAUGCCGGCAACAAGAUCUGCGAUGGGAAAUGCAACAACCAUGCCUGCGGCUGGGACGGCGGCGACUGCUCCCUCAAUUUCAACGACCCCUGGAAGAACUGCUCCCAGUCUCUGCAGUGCUGGAAGUACUUCAACGAUGGCAAGUGUGACUCUCAGUGCAAUAAUGCAGGCUGCCUGUACGAUGGAUUUGACUGCCAGAAAUACGAAGGGCAGUGCAACCCUCUGUAUGACCAGUACUGCAAAGAUCACUUCUCAGAUGGUCACUGUGACCAGGGCUGCAAUAAUUUUGAGUGCGAAUGGGAUGGUCUGGACUGUGCAAACAACAUGCCAGAGAAGCUUGCAGAUGGCACGCUGGUGGUGGUGGUCCGAAUCACUCCCGAGAACCUGAAGAACAACUCCAUCAACUUCCUGCGGGAGCUGAGCCGUGUGCUGCACACCAAUGUGGUCUUCAAGAAGAACCCCAAGGGAGAAUAUAUGAUCUUUCCAUACUAUGGCAAUGAGGAGGAGCUGAAAAAGCAUUACAUCAAGAGGUCAACAGAGGACUGGUCAGAUAUGUCUAGUGCUGUCAUCAACAAAGUAAAGAGCAGCCUCUACUCCAGGGCUGGCAGAAGGCAGAAGAGAGAGCUCGAUCAGAUGGACAUCAGAGGAUCCAUCGUCUACUUGGAAAUUGAUAACCGCCAGUGCAUCCAGUCGUCUUCCCAGUGCUUCCAGAGUGCAACCGAUGUGGCGGCGUUCCUGGGUGCCUUGGCCUCCCUUGGCAACCUGAACAUACCCUACAAAAUAGAAGCUGUUAAAAGUGAAACAGCUGAACCCACGAAGAACUCCCAGCUGUAUCCUAUGUACGUGGUGGUGGCUGCGCUGGUCUUGCUUGCUUUCAUUGGAGUGGGAGUACUGGUGUCUCGUAAGCGGCGCAGGGAGCAUGGGCAGCUUUGGUUCCCAGAAGGCUUCAAAGUGACAGAGUCGAGCAAGAAGAAGCGACGAGAACCACUUGGGGAGGAUUCUGUCGGACUGAAACCCCUCAAAAAUGCUUCAGACGGCACUCUGAUGGAUGACAACCAAAACGAGUGGGGCGAUGAGGAGACCUUGGACACCAAGAAGUUCAGGUUCGAGGAGGAGCAGGCGAUGCUGCCUGACACGGACGAUCAGACGGAUCACAGGCAGUGGACCCAGCAGCACCUGGAUGCCGCUGACCUGCGCAUAUCCUCCAUGGCUCCUACUCCACCGCAGGGGGAAAUCGAUGCGGACUGUAUGGAUGUCAAUGUCAGAGGUCCCGACGGCUUCACCCCCCUUAUGAUCGCCUCGUGCAGCGGAGGAGGGCUGGAGACCGGCAACAGCGAAGAGGAAGAUGAUGCUCCCGCCGUCAUCUCGGAUUUCAUUUACCAAGGCGCCAGCUUACACAACCAGACUGACCGCACCGGCGAGACGGCGCUUCACCUGGCUGCCAGGGACUCCCGCUCCGACGCUGCCAAGCGCCUGCUGGAAGCCAGUGCGGAUGCAAACAUCCAGGAUAACAUGGGCAGGACGCCCCUCCACGCCGCCGUCUCUGCCGAUGCCCAAGGAGUUUUCCAGAUCCUGAUUAGGAACAGGGCAACCGACCUCGACGCCCGAAUGCACGACGGGACCACUCCUCUGAUCUUGGCCGCUCGCUUGGCUGUGGAGGGCAUGCUGGACGAUCUCAUCAACUGCCACGCAGACGUCAAUGCCGUGGAUGAUCUAGGCAAGUCGGCACUGCACUGGGCAGCUGCUGUGAACAACGUUGAAGCCGCAGUGGUCCUCCUGAAGAAUGGUGCCAAUAAGGACAUGCAGAACAAUAAGGAGGAGACCCCACUGUUCCUCGCAGCCCGAGAAGGGAGCUAUGAAACCGCCAAGGUCCUGCUGGACCAUUUUGCCAACCGCGACAUCACGGACCACAUGGACCGGCUCCCGCGGGACAUCGCCCAGGAGCGCAUGCACCACGACAUCGUGAGGCUGCUGGACGAGUACAACCUGGUGCGGAGCCCACCGCUGCACAACGGCCCACUGGGGGCACCCACGCUGUCCCCACCGCUCUGCUCUCCCAACAGCUACAUCGGCAACCUGAAACCUGCCGUCCAGGGCAAGAAGGCCAGGAAGCCGAGUACCAAGGGCCUGAGCUGCAACGGCAAGGAUGCCAAAGACCUCAAAGCCCGGAGGAAAAAAUCACAAGAUGGAAAAGGAUGUCUGCUUGACAACUCCAGCGUGUUGUCUCCAGUGGACUCCCUGGAAUCGCCCCAUGGGUACCUGUCGGAUGUUGCCUCUCCUCCGCUGAUGACCUCUCCAUUUCAGCAGUCCCCUUCCAUGCCUCUGAAUCAUCUGCCAGGCAUGCCUGAUGCCCACAUGAGCAUCAAUCACCUCAACAUGGCAGGGAAGCAGGAUAUGGCCAUGGGAAACUCCAGCAGGAUGGCCUUCGAUUCGGUGCCACCGCGUCUCUCCCACCUCCCCGUCUCCAGCCCCAGCACGGUGAUGAGCAAUGCCCCGAUGAACUUCUCCGUUGGCGGAGCAGCGGGUCUGAACGGGCAGUGUGACUGGCUCACCAGGCUGCAGAAUGGCAUGGUCCAGAAUCAGUACAACCCCAUGAGAGGCAACAUGCAACCAGGGGCGCAUCAGCAGACGCAAAACCUUCAACACGGCAUGAUGACCUCCCUGCACAACGGCUUGCCCACCACACAGCAGCAGCCGCAGCAGCAUCACAACCCCAGCUCCAACGCGAGCGGCCACAUCGGCCAAAAUUUUCUUGGUACCGAGCUGAGCCAGCCCGACAUGCAGCCGGUGAGCAGCAGUACCAUGGCAGUCCACACGAUCCUGCCUCAAGAUUCCCAGAUGCUGCCCACAUCUCUGCCAUCCUCCCUCGCCCAGCCCAUGACCACCACGCAGUUUCUAACUCCACCUUCCCAGCACAGUUAUUCCUCCCCCUUGGACAACACCCCCAGCCACCAGCUCCAGGUGCCCGACCACCCUUUCCUAACACCGUCUCCGGAGUCGCCGGACCAGUGGUCCAGCUCGUCUCCUCACUCCAACGUGUCCGACUGGUCCGAGGGCAUCUCCAGCCCUCCCACCAGUAUGCAGUCACAGAUGGGACACAUCCCCGAAGCCUUCAAGUAA